AUGCAUAGUACUAUCCUGCGCUGGGUUUAUUUCAACAUGGUGGACGAAGUUCGAUAAAGUUCGAUUGAAGUAACUUUACUCUACAAAAAUGACUCGUUUUGCUCGUCCUGCCAAGAAGACAAGUCUUGACGCAACACCCUGGCACGAACUUGUCAACUCAGGUGGUAACCAAAGCUCAACUAAAACAAGCAAAGAAAGUUCUGAAACAGUUGGGACGAAAGCUAAAUUCGCUGGCGAGAAACGAAAGCCGAACUUUGAUCGUGAUGAGGGUGCCACUGAGCCUAAGAUUGCCAAGAAGUCAAGAAGUAAAAAGCUUUCGUUUACAGGAGAUGAUAACUACAUCAGUGGGCCUAAGAUCUCAAAGAAAUCAGUAAACUCCAAUGCUCAAAGUGAAGAAGUUGGUAAAAAAGGAAAUGAAAAAACUGGGUUUAGCAAGAAAGAUGCAAAGUUUAGACAGAAAAAACCAGUAGUGAAAUCAGAAAGAGACUUCAGUGGAAAAAUUAGAAACAAGAAAUUUCAAACAAAUGGUUCUUUACAGAAGGGCGUUAAAAAGCUGAAUAGAAAAAUACCCACCAAUGGAAGCAGGAAGGAAAGUUAUGAUAAAAAGCUUGAAGCAAGAAGAAAGCGAAGAGCAAAAGGAAAGACAUGUUUUCAUUGCCGUCAAACUGGUCACCUGGUUGCAGAAUGCCCUAUGGCCCAGAACUCAGAAGUAGGUGUUGGAAACUGUUACAAAUGUGGAUCCUCGCAGCACACUACUAAGAAUUGCAAGAGUAAACAAAACAAUACAGAUCUUCCUUUUGCAAAGUGUUUUAUCUGUGGAGAAACAGGUCAUAUAGCAAGAGCAUGUCCUGACAACCCAAAAGGACUCUAUCCUAAUGGUGGGGGGUGCAAGAUCUGUGGAUCAGUGGUACAUUUUCGGAGGGACUGCCCUGAACUAGCUAGAAACAAACCAAACACUGAGACCACUUCACAUGCUGGAUACAUAAACAGUGAAAAGGGGCAUCAUAGUGCAGAUUCUGAGUUAGAGGAUCCAGGAGGUACCCCCUUGAAAGUACUAAAAGCACCAAAGAAAAAAGGACAUCAAGUUGUCAAGUUUUAAGACAAAACGUCUGACCAGAGAUUAAAUAUGAAUUCUUC